CUUAAACCCCACUUUACCUUUUCACCUCUCCAUAUUCAAUUUCAUUGUUUUAUCAGAUCCUUUCUAUACCUGCAAGUUCUUGCCGUUUUCAGGACGACCUCAUUGGCCUUGUGAAUGUUGAAUUUCUGGGUUCGUUAGCUAACGGAGCUCAUCUUAACCAUUGCAACACGUAACCUGCAACGUGCAAACAUUUGAGUGAGAAAGAAUGAGUUACGGCAGCUCCGAUAUAGGUUCUGGUAGUGGAACAGCUACAAGGACAUUUGAGUUCGGAAGGACCCAUGUGGUGAGGCCUAAAGGGAUGCACCAGGCCACUAUAAUUUGGCUGCAUGGCCUUGGUGAUAAGGGCUCAAGCUGGUCCCAGAUCUUGGAAGCCCUUCCUCUACCAAAUAUAAAAUGGAUUUGCCCCACAGCUCCUACACGACCAGUAAAAUUAUUUGGCGGAUUUCCUUGCGCUGCCUGGUUUGACGUUGGAGAUUUUUCAGAAGAUGCCCCUGAUGAUUUGGAGGGAUUGGAUGCUUCAGCAGCACAUGUUGCCAACCUAUUGUCGACUGAGCCUGCUGAUGUCAAACUUGGUGUUGGGGGCUUCAGUAUGGGUGCUGCAACUGCACUCCACUCUGCCAUGUGCUUUGUUUCAGGAAACUAUGCAAAUGGAAACCUUUACCAGGUCAACCUAAGUGCAAUUGUUGGUCUUAGUGGCUGGCUCUCAUGUUCAAGGAUCUUGAGGAGCCGAGUGGAAGGGUCACAUGAGGCAGCAAGGCGUGCAGCAUCAUUACCUGUUUUUCUCUGUCAUGGGCUAGGUGAUGAUGUCGUUGCAUAUGAACAUGGAAAGAGAUCAGCGCAGAUGUUAAGCUCAGCUGGAUUUCAAAAUCUCACAUUUAGGACUUAUAAUGGGUUAGGUCAUUACACAAUCCCGGAGGAGACCGAUGAAGUCUGUAGUUGGUUGACUGCAACUUUAGGACUCGAGGGAUCUUGAUCGUACCGGUGGGAUAGGAUGGAAGGAAAGCAUAUAAAAUAAGGGUUCGGAGUGGCACUCCAGAAUAGAUGAAAUGGAUAGUAUGAUUGGCGGCACGGUUGCUCUUUUCCUAAAUAAGCUUUUUAACUGAAGCUCUCUUGUAUUUGGUUUUUGUUUGGGGGGGUGGGGAUUGGUGUACUCUACAUGAAUAGAAAUUUUGUUUCUUUUGAUAAUGAUGAAACAUCAUAAUGUUUUUGAUACAUUGCGCAGUAUUGGAGAAAAUUUUGAAUGCAGGAUAGAAUGCUUGAAAUUAUGUGCGCAGUCUUGGGCCGUGCUCGGUCCAAGUUGUAAUAGGCCGAGCUCAGAGUAGCAGUGUUGGUCAUACCAAGGGUCAUCUGUCCUGUGGCCUUAACUAUUAUUAUAAAGAUCCCAAAUUUGAGCAGUGUCUGCAAUGCCGGGUGGAUGUAUCUUUGUCAAGAAAGUAUAGAUGAUUCAACUUUCGACAAGGGUGGGUGGGGGCUACCUCUACGGGAUUGGAUCCACCCAACGAGUAACUGGUUUCUUUUAACUACCAAAAAAGUUCGAUAUUCGGAUUAGAUCAGCGAGAAAGGGCAGAUGUGUAGAACCUUUCAACUAGAUAAUGCUUUUUCCAAAUAUCAUAUUGAUUCUUAUCAAAGAAAGACAGGAUUAAUUGAGGCUAUUCAAACGGGCACAGGUCAACUAAAUGGUGUUUCCGUAGCAAUUGGGAUUAUGUAUCAACAUGUUUUUUUUCUUUAUAUAUAUAUAUAUAUAUAUAUAUUUUAUGAAUUGUUAAAGAUAUAUGCAUGAGAAAAAUCUACUAAUUCAUUUUA